AUGAAACUGGAGCAGGUUAAGCUGACGUCUGAGGGGGGCAAAAACGGGAGUUUCCGCCAAUCAAGCCAAAAACAAGCUGUUGAUCUCAUCGGACUAACAGCAUGUACCUUGACCUUCUACGUCUACAUCAUUUCUACCGUCGGCAUCGCGAAUCUAUGUGACGGACUCCAUGGAAAUGAUGAUGAUGAUGAUGAUGACGACGAUAAUAACCCUCAUGACAACGACGCAUACGAUAUCCUUACCUCCUGCAAUCUUUCAACUACGAGCUAUGCGUCUGUUGGUCAGACUACGAGCGCGAGCACCAGUAGCAGUACCAGUAGCAGCACGACAGAUGCAAGUAUUACGGUUACUUCUGCAUCUACUGCUGAUACGACUCCAUCCUCGACCGAGUCCAACUCUACAAAUGAGAAUUCUAACGGCGAUAGCGACAGCGGUAGCAAUAACAACAACAAUGCCGAACCCGGCGGGAAUGGAGCAGCAGCAGCACCCCAUAUCUCCAAGACUGCUUCUCUAGCUGCUCUUAUGGGCUUGGGCGUGGUUGCUUGGUUGUAAGAUGUUGACAUAUUGCCGAGUGCAUCGGAAUGGCCAAUAUGAAGAACAUUCUAGACAAUCAGGUUACAAUACUUAUUAGUGAGAAUGGUAG